GUUUUCUAUAAAUACUAAGAGGAAGUUAUUGGAAUUCAUCACCACGUUUGAUGAAAUAUGAAACGUUAUUUAAUAAAUUUUAUUUUCCUUAUUUUAUGUGUACAUUUUUCUCAUGAAAAACCUUUGGACGUAAAGCAACAACUUUUCGAAUAUGGCUUUAUGUCCUCUUUGGAAGAAGACCCAGAAGUUUUAAAAACGGCAUUAGAAAAGUUUCAAAAAGUAUAUAGCUUGCGACUAACAGGUAACUUAACUGAAGAGACAAUAAAGAAAAUGUCAUCUCCUCGUUGUGGCAAAGCUCCUAAGCUCCGAACAAAAUAUCUAACUUAUAAAUGGUCGAAAUCUCACAUAACGUAUAAAAUAAAAAACUGGACGGCUCCUUUUACAGAAUCUCUACUUAGAGAUACAUUUGAGAAUUAUAUUACACAGUGGACAGAUAAUAUUAACCUUAAAAUUACCGAAUCAACUUCUAAUAAAGCUGACAUUGAAAUCUAUUUUUCAAAACAGGAUGGAAUGAAAAAAACGCUUGGUUAUGCCUAUUUUCCGGAAGUUGGUGACAUAUUUUUUGAUCAAGAUGAACAAUGGACUGAGUUUUGGGAAGACAGUGAUAGAAUUUAUUUUGGUUGGGUUGCAGCUCACGAAUUGGGUCAUGCUUUGGGACUGCCCCAUGUGAAUUCUGAAAGUUCUAUCAUGAAUCCUUAUUAUACAAAUACUGUGACGAAUCCAUCAAUAUCUGACCUUAACAAAAUUAAAUCAUUAUGCGUUAUUAAAAACCGAGAACAUUAUGCUGUAUCGAAAUACUGGAUAAUUUCUAAUAAUACUGCUCAAAAUGGACCAUUUCCUCUUAAACUAGACUAUGAAGAGUUACCUGAUAAAGUAGAUGCUGCUUUUUCGGUAAAAAAUGUUGUAUAUUUCUUCAAAAACAACAAGUUUUUUAAAUUCAUAAGAGGAAAAAAAGAUUUUGUGAAGAAACUCAUUUCAGUUGGUUUUGAAAAGUUACCAAAUAAUAUCGACGCCGCUUUUUUUGAUCCAAGUGCUAAUUACAUUUAUUUUUUUAAAGGGUCAAAGUAUUAUAUUUUUGAUAUUUACGAAAAAAUAGGAAAACGACUUAUUGCAAAAAAUAAGAUUUCCAACGACUGGCCAGUUCCUGACAACAUUGAAGCUGCAACUUUAUGGGAUAAUUCAAGAGUUUUAUUUAUUAAAAAUUUUAUGUGUUAUACUGUAGAUUUGACUACAAAAGAACUUUUGAGUGAGCAAAGUUGUUCCAAUCUUUAUAAAUGCUGAUUCAAUAAAUAAUGAAUAAUAAAUAAAUAAUGAUUUUUUAAGGUU